GCCGGUUCAGGAGGGUGUUAUAAAACCAGGAAGAGAUCGUCAGAUAGACACGCAUGAUCAUGGACUUCUUCUGUAUUCAAUUGGACACUAUUUUAUAAGUUAUUGAAGUGCACUUUUAUAAAAACGUUACCGUUAACGGUAAUCACCUCCAUUGAGAUUUAAUUUUUGGUAGAAGCUUUUGUAACAUUGCUCAGUAAUCCAUUCACCAAGGUCACAAGUGCCAGUGGAGUGGAUGUAGUGGGAGCUAAACCUUCAUUAGCACAUGCGAUUAUAGUAAAGUUAUAAAGAAAUAUGGCUGGACUUAUAAACUUUGAAGAUGAGAAUGAAGUGAAGCAGUUUUUGGACAAUUUGGGAACGGAGUACAGCUUCCAGUGCUUCAAAGAAAAGGAUCCUGAAGGGUGCCAAAGGCUCUCAGACUACUUGGAAGGUGUGAAGAAAAACUAUGAAUCUGCAGCACAAGUGCUCAAAUAUAACUGUGAGACAAAUGGACAUGGAGAGAGCUGCUAUAAACUGGGGGCUUACCAUGUCACAGGCAAAGGUGGAGUGAAAGAGUGUCUGAAAACAGCAAACUCCUGCUUUUUGCGCUCCUGCAAUGCCAACGGAAAGAAGUCUAUAGAUGCCUGCCAUAACGUUGGUCUGUUAGCCCAUGAUGGACGAGCUAGUGAAGAAGGACCUGACCUGACAGUAGCUCGGGAGUACUAUGAGAAGGCCUGCACUGGUGGCUUCGCUCCUUCCUGCUUUAACCUCAGUGCUUUGUUCAUUGGGGGUAAUUCCAAAGGACUGGUACCGGAUAUGACUAAAGCUUUAAUGUACGCUAACAGGGCUUGUGAGCUGGGACAUGUGUGGGGCUGCGCCAAUGCAAGUCGUAUGUACAAACUCGGGGAUGGGACAGAGAAGGAUGACAAGAAAGCUGAGGAGCUGAAGAAUCGAGCAAGGGAGCUGCAUGGUUUAGAGAAGGAAAGGCAGCUCAAAUUUGGGGAAUGAAUGUGACACUUGAUUAAACUAUCAUUGUUUUGCCUGCACGUCUGGUGUUCAGUCAGGUUGUUUGUGGGGACAAGUGUAUAUGUGUGCAAAAACAAAACCUGUUAAGGGGUUCAAAGGUAGGAGAUGAUGUGUUGUUUAAAAGAAAAGCAUGGUUAAAUGGACGUGUUUGCCUCAGUUACAGUGUUUAGACAGUCAAAUUCAGGGAGCAGUAUUUACUUGACUAUUUGUAUUGGUAGAUUUCAGUCAAAUGUGAAGAUAGUGUAGAGGAAAUAGCAACUAAAUUAUUGUGAUUCAUGUACAGUAGUUGAUUAUUAAUCACGCCUUUUUGAAGGUCUAUGAUUUGGAGUAUGGAAAUGAUUAGACACAUGUUUAUAGGGUGAAAGGGCAGCUCUGUGUCAUCAGCAUCAGAUUGUCAUGUGCCUUUAAACAAUGCUAGGCCUAUGUAUAAAUAUUUAGGUAGUAACAGAUUACAUGUAAUAGGGAUUACUUUAUCCGAUUACAAUAAAUAACUAAGUCAGCCUAGAAUAUAUAAAAAAAGAAGUGUGCAAUUAAAUUAUAGUUACAUUGUCAA